AUGGGAACCACAAGAGAUUUUGAAUGGGUUUACACCGACGAGCCUCAUGCCACCCGACGGGCACUGAUCCUGGCCAAAUAUCCACAAAUCAAGCAAUUAAUGAUACCCGACCCUAGCAUCAAAUGGUCCGCCAUCGGGAUGGUAGUCAUACAAUUGGUCUCAUUUUAUAUGUUUAAAGAUGUGACCUCUUUCUGGCAAUUGUUUCUAAUGGCCUAUUGUUUCGGUGGAGUCCUUAAUAUAUCUCUCCAGACAGCCGUCAAAUACUUCAGCAAACCUUUCACUAAGUUUUUGUGGAUGAUAUUACAGCCCCUGUUUUACGCACUCCGGCCAGUCUUAUCUCAACCAAAGUUUGUCGUAAAUCCCAAUUCACUGGAAUUGUCUAAUAUUUUCAUUCAAAUAACGUUCAACUAUAUGGUGGGCGUGUGGUGUGGAUGGCAUAUCGUGGCGUAUAUGAUAGGAUCGACGAUAUUAGGUAUGGGUUUGCAUCCCAUGAGCGGACAUAUACUCUCCGAACACUUCGUUAUGUUUGACGAGAGGAUCAAUAUGUUUGAAAAUAUCAACAAAAAAGACGUCCAAAGAGAUGAGUACUUGAAGUUAAUACCCGAAACCUAUUCAUACUACGGAUCACUCAACUUUAUUAUGUAUAACCUGGGUUAUCACGUCGAGCACCACGACUUCCCAUCUAUUCCGGGCUCUCUUUUGCCUAAAGUUCGCGAAAUAGCGCCGGAAUAUUACAAUUCUCUACCCUAUCAUAGCUCCUGGACUUAUGUGGUCUGGAAGUUUUUAAUAGACCCCAAGCUUGGUCCUUUUUCUCGAGUCAAACGACCGCAUCAUUUUGAAUGGGUUUACACGGAUGAACCUCAUGGCACCCGUCGGUCACUAAUUUUGGCAAAAUAUCCACAAAUAAAGCAAUUAAUGAGAACCGACCCUAACAUCAAAUGGACAGCCAGUGUCACUGCAAUCAUACAAUUGAUUUCGUUUUAUAUGUUAAGAGAUGUGACCUCUUUCUGGCAAUUGUUUCUAAUGGCCUAUUGUUUCGGUGGAGUCCUUAAUAUAUCUCUCCAGACAGCCGUCCACGAGAUCAUACAUAACCACGCGUUUGGACCCUCGAAACCAAUGGCCACCAAAGUGUUGGCACUGAUCACCAAUUUACCGAUUGGUAUCCCUAUAGCGGGAUCACAUAAGAAGUACCACUUACUUCACCACCGAUAUCAAGGCGAUGACAUACUCGACACCGACAUACCCUCGUAUUUUGAGGUCAAAUACUUCAGCAAACCUUUCACUAAGUUUUUGUGGAUGAUAUUACAGCCCCUGUUUUACGCACUCCGUCCGGUCUUAUCUCAACCAAAGUUUGUCGUAAAUCCCGAUUCACUGGAAUUGUCUAAUAUUUUCAUUCAAAUAACGUUCAACUAUAUGGUGGGUGUGUGUUGGGGAUGGCAUAUUGUGGCGUAUAUGAUAGGGUCGAUGAUAUUAGGCAUGGGUUUGCAUCCCAUGAGCGGACAUAUACUCUCCGAACACUUCGUUAUGUUUGACGAGAGAAUCAAUUUGUUUGAAAAUAUUAACAAAAAAGACGUUCAAAGGGAUGAGUACUUGAAAUUAAUACCCGAAACCUACUCAUACUACGGACCACUCAAUUUAAUCAUGUAUAACCUGGGUUAUCACGUCGAGCACCACGACUUCCCAUCCAUUCCCGGCUCUCUUUUGCCUAAAGUUCGCGAAAUAGCGCCGGAAUAUUACAAUUCUCUACCCUAUCAUAGUUCCUGGACUUAUGUGGUCUGGAAGUUUUUAAUAGACCCUAAGCUUGGUCCUUUUUCUCGAGUCAAACGACCGCAUCUUCGCGAAAUAGCGCCGGAAUAUUACAAUUCUCUACCCUAUCAUAGCUCCUGGACUUAUGUGGUCUGGAAGUUUUUAAUAGACCCUAAGCUUGGUCCUUUUUCUCGAGUCAAACGACCGCAUCGGUUUGGAAAACAAGACGAAAAGACCAUCGACUAUAUCAAUGAAAUCAACUCGGAAUUAAAUAAUAACACCUAUAACUUUAAUUUUUAA